AUGGUAGUCAAGGUGGCAGGAGUUGAAGCUGGGAAGAUGGUUGAAUUAUUUACAGCCAACCCGGCAGACCCAACGGAAAAUGCUAGCGACUAUUUUGUUAGCAGCUUCUUCAUUAUGCCUAUCCCUGGUACGUACAAGAUGCCUGUGGGCUCUACUCAUCAAGCCACUGUCAUUGCCUCGCCAAUGUAG